GGGGCGCCGCGGGCGGGUCUCAGCGGCGCCCACUGCGCCGGCCGGGCCGCAGGUGCCGCCCCCGACACACCGGGUCCCGCCCAAGCUGAUUGGUGUCUGCCGUCGGCCGGUGCGUGCGUGCGCCUCGUCGGUCCGCGCGUGUCUGGCCGAGCGCCCCCUUCCUCUGCGGCCAUGACUCCGCCGCCUCCCCAGCCACCGCCCCCCGGCCCGGACCCCGCCUCGGACUCGGUCGCCGACCCCCGCCCCGCGCCUGGACCCCUGGUCGUGCUGUUCGGGGCCACGGCCGGUGCGCUGGGGCCGGACCUGGGCUCCGACGAGACCGACUUAAUCCUCCUGGUCUGGCAAGUGGUGGAGCCGCAGAGCCGGCAGGUGGGGACGUUGCACAAGUCACUGGUUCGCGCCGAGGCGGCGGCGCUGAGUCCGCAGUGCCGCGAGGCGAGCGGCCUGAGCGCCGACAGCUUGGCGCGGGCCGAGCCGCUGGACAAGGUGUUGCAGCAGUUCUCACAGCUGGUGAGCGGGGAUGUGGCUCUGCUGGGCGGGGGCCCCUACAUGCUAUGCACUGAUGGGCAGCAGCUGCUGCGACAGGUCCUGCACCCUGAGGCCUCCAGGAAGAACCUGGUGCUCCCCGACACCUUCUUCUCCUUCUACGACCUCCGCAGAGAGUUCCACGUGCAGCACCCAAGCGCCCGCCCUGCCAGGGAGCUCACCGUGGCCACCAUGGCACAGGACUUGGGGCUAGAGACAGAUGCCACAGAGGAUGACUUUGGGGUCUGGGAAGUGAAGACAAUGGUAGCGGUCAUCCUCCACCUGCUCGAAGGGCCCAGUGGUCAAUUGUUUUCGAAGGCAGAGGUGGUAAAGCAGAAGUAUGAGACAGGUCCUUGCAGCAAGGCCGACGUGGUGGACAGUGAGACCGUGGUGCGGGCCCGCGGGUUGCCCUGGCAGUCAUCAGACCAGGAUGUGGCUCGAUUCUUCAAAGGGCUCAACAUUGCCAGGGGCGGCGUCGCACUCUGCCUCAAUGCCCAGGGCCGCAGAAACGGCGAGGCCCUCAUCCGCUUUGUGGACAGCGAGCAGCGGGACCUAGCGCUGCAGAGACACAAGCACCACAUGGGUGUCCGCUAUAUUGAGGUAUAUAAAGCAACAGGAGAGGAGUUUGUCAAGAUCGCGGGGGGCACAUCACUAGAGGUGGCUCGUUUCCUGUCACGGGAAGACCAAGUGAUACUGCGGCUACGGGGACUGCCCUUCUCAGCCGGGCCAGCGGACGUGCUGGGCUUUCUGGGGCCAGAGUGCCCGGUGACUGGGGGUGCUGAUGGGCUGCUCUUUGUGCGCCACCCUGACGGCCGGCCCACUGGUGAUGCCUUUGCCCUCUUUGCCUGUGAGGAGCUGGCACAGGCUGCCCUGCGCAGGCACAAGGGCAUACUGGGUAAGCGAUACAUUGAACUCUUCCGGAGCACUGCAGCUGAGGUGCAGCAGGUCCUGAACCGCUACGCAUCCAGCCCACUCCUUCCCGCACUCACGGCUCCACUGCUCCCCAUCCCCUUCCCACUGGCAGCUGGGACUGGGAGAGACUGUGUACGCCUUCGGGGCCUGCCCUACACCGCCACCAUCGAAGACAUCCUGAGCUUUCUGGGGGAGGCAGCGGCCGACAUCCGGCCCCACGGUGUGCACAUGGUGCUCAACCAGCAGGGCCGGCCAUCUGGCGAUGCUUUCAUCCAGAUGACGUCAGCAGAGCGGGCCCUAGCUGCUGCUCAGCGUUGCCAUAAGAAAGUGAUGAAGGAACGCUAUGUGGAAGUGGUCCCCUGCUCCACAGAGGAGAUGAGUCGCGUGCUAAUGGGGGGCACCUUGGGCCGCAGUGGCAUGUCCCCUCCACCCUGCAAGCUGCCCUGCCUCUCACCACCCACCUACGCCACCUUCCAGGCCACCCCAACACUCAUUCCCGCUGAGACGGCAGCUCUGUAUCCCUCUUCAGCACUGCUCCCGGCUGCCAGGGUGCCUGCUGCCCCCACCCCUGUUGCCUACUACCCAGGGCCAGCCACUCAACUCUACAUGAACUAUACUGCUUACUACCCCAGCCCCCCAGUGUCCCCCACCACGGUGGGCUACCUCACCACACCUCCUGCUGCCCUGGCCUCUGCUUCCACCUCAGUGUUGUCCCAGCCAGGAGCCCUGGUCCGUAUGCAGGGUGUCCCAUAUACAGCCGGUAUGAAGGAUCUGCUCAGUGUCUUCCAAGCCUAUCAGUUAGCCCCUGAUGACUACACCAGUUUGGUGCCUGUUGGUGACCCGCCUCGCACUGUGCUACAGGCCCCCAAAGAGUGGGUGUGUUUGUAGGUGAGGGAGCCAGGAGGAGGUGAACAGUUCCUACCUGGCUGACUAGAGGUGGUGGCCAGUGACCCGGCUCCCUCUGCCCAGGCCUCAGCUGACCUCAAUAGAGUCCUGGCAUCUAGGACUCAUUAUCCCCUGGAGUAACAACAUCAAGCCUUUGACCAGCUCAGCACACUGUCGCACAUAUAGGCACUCAAAAGAAUUUCCUUCUUGAAUAAAUGAAAUUACAUGAUUUUGUGUGCAAACAUUCUACAAACUUCAGGUGCUUUGAAAUGGCCCCAGCCUUGGAAUAGAUACUAAUCCCAUUAAUGGGAUGGGUAAGGGCAGAGUUUGGAAAAAGCACCCAACUCGGGCACCUCCUUUGGUAGACAGCAGGCUGGAGUUUCUUACUGGCCCCUGCGUUGGGCACCAGCCUCACCAGCAGCAGCACCAGGGCAUCUUUGGUGUGGAGGGUUAGGUCUAUGAUGCUACCUCAUGUUUGGGUUUGCCUCAAAGCCUUUUGGGGAAAAGGCUGGUUUUUAGGCCAUGCAGAGGGACAAGGUAGGCCAGAAUCAUUUUAGGUUGUAAACAGAAUGAGGGAUAAGCCUUCCAUGCCACUGUGAAUCUUAAAAGCUUCCCAUCUGGAGUCCUGUUUUAUCUCUGCUCCUUUUUUUUUUUUUUUUUUUUUCUGCUCCUCUUUUGAAGCAUAGCUUAUUUGCGUUUAGCUUCUGACACAGCCUGGCCUCUAGAGAUGAGCUAGAACCAGCAAAUUUGCCUAAACCGUCAUAAGGCUAUGGCUUCAAAGGAUAUAGAGCAGCCAAAUGCAGAUAAACUAUCAUUCGGAAAAGGUCUGGGACCAGAGGACACAAGAAAAGCACUCCACAGCGUACUUGUUUGCAGGAUGGCAGGGUAUUAAAGCUACCAAGCUAAAAAACCCACCUUUCAAAGUUACCUUACAUGUCGCUAUCUUAUCCAAGGCCCUGAGGGAAAAAAGCAAUUUCAACAUGGAGUCAUUAUGGAGAGACUGCAGGAAGAUUACCUAAAAAGUUAUAAAAAGGCUAUGCUCUGGAAUGUCGUUUUAUAUUCCAACACUUCAAUGAUUGGAAUGGUCUCCUCACGUUAACAGUUUACUUUUAUAAGAGGUAUGAGCUACAUUUGGCUUUAUUUCCUAUAAAUCUAUGAAAGGCUUUAGGGCAUGCUGAGUUUCUGAGGCAUAGGUGUGGGCUUGGGAGAAUUUUUUUUUUCAUGUUUACCUCUGGAAGGUUUUAUCAAAAGUUACUACUUUAAAAAUAUCAUCAAAGCUAAAGAGUCCUUCAAAUGACCAUAAAGGAGUACAAAUCACCAAUCACAGCUAAGCAACCAGGUCACUUGCAAAAGCAGCACCUCUGAAAUGGAGAGCCUGCUGCAUUCACACUCAAAGCACCCAUCAUAUAAAAGUAUCCUAUUUAAAUAUAAAAAGCAAAGCUCAUUUCCCCAAAGCUCAGUCUAUGCUGCUCCUGUUCUUUUACAAAAAUCUACCCAAGGCCUGAGGUGGAGGAAUGCUGCUUUCCCCACAUACAGUGAUCCCAACUCCUGGCGCCAGUCCUGAAAGCCACAGAAUUGGAAACCCAAGGUCCAAGGAGAGAAAAAUGCUGAGAAGUCCAUGGUGGUGGACACAUGGCUGCAGUGAGCACUGUUAGAGCCCAUCGGAUCUUCCUCUAUCCAGGGAAUUGGGACCUGGGAGGGGAGCCUCCCUGCUUGCCCCUGUUCCUUGGGAAACAGAAAUCUGGGACAUGUCUCUCCCAAUUAUCUCGUUCACUGAAAAACAAGAAAAGGGAAAAUGAUUAGUGACCUCUGUGUGACUGACCAUAGGAUGCUCAAAGGCAAGUUCCAUUUCAAACACAUUUUUUCGCUUUCUGAAGUUUUCUAUAAAGGUAAAUGCAGUGUUUAAAGCCUACUCCUAAACUGAAUGGAGACCUAAGUCUAGAAGCUAUUCCAGCCCCUGCUUUUCCCUUUCAGUUCAGUUUGGGUUGGGAAGGGAGAUGGCUCAGGGAACAGGAAACAUUCUUACCCUCACUCUAAAAAGCUCAUGCUAGGGAUCCCUGGGUGGCACAGCGGUUUGGCGCCUGCCUUUGGCCCAGGGUGUGAUCCUGGAGACCCGGGAUCGAAUCCCACGUCGGGCUCCCGGUGCAUGGAGCCUGCUUCUCCCUCUGUCUAUGUCUGCCUCUCAAUCUCUCUCUCUCUCUCUGUGACUAUCAUAAAUAAAUAAAAAUUAAAAAUAAAAAGCUCAUGCUCUAGAACUGAAGAUAGCAUACUUCUUAAAUGUGUUUACAUUAAUCUAACUUUUCCUUAAUUUGCAUCCCUUUAGGAGGGUCUUCCCCUUCUGAUUCCUGGAGAGUACUUUGUAUGUAAAGUGAGUGAAAAUAAAUGCUUUGGUGAGAAUAAAAGAA